AUGGCUAACGAUUCGGGAAGUAUCGGCCUUGGUGAAUGGAACCGGCUGGAUCUGAAGGUUGAAAAUAUUGUUCUGGACGAGAAGGGAUUUGCAAAGAUUACUGACUACGGUCUGUCUGUAGAAGGAGUCGGAUACGGAGAUAGACUCAUCGGCCUUUGUGGAACUCCUAAUUAUAUGGCUCCUGAAAUGGCCAAGCGCAUGGCAUAUACAAGAUCUGUGGACUGGUGGAGCUUCGGAGUGGUUAUUUACGUAAUGCUAACUAGAUACUUACCCUUUGAAGGCCGUGAUAUUGAGACGUUAUAUGCUAAUAUUGCCAAACGUAAACUGAAAAUACCAGCGUCAUUGUCUAGUAAAGCCACUUCAAUACUAAGUAGGUUACUGAGUAAAAACCAUGUGAAGCGUCUGGGAUCCAGCGAGAGAGAUGCAGAGGACGUGAAAGACCAUCCUUUUUUUCAACAUAUAGAUUGGAACGCAUUAUUAUUACAAAAUGUGACACCUCCAUUUGUGCCAACCAUCAACGGAGCCGAAGACGUCAGCAACUUUGAUGCAAUAUUCACCUCGGAAGCGCCUAUUAUAACUCCACCAGUAAGACGAAGAGUUCCACCGUUAUUAGAGAAGCAGACAUUUGAGGAUUUUUGUUGGAGGGCAGAUUGGAGUUAGUCUUGGUUGUGAUCCACAAUAAGAAUUACUGGAAGGAGAAUUAACAUUAAUAUUUUUUAUCCAACGAAAAUAUUUAUUGAACACUAAAGUAAGAAUUGCAACUAAAUUUCAAAUUUAAGGUGAAAAUAGACAAAAAAGAAACAUCCUCUAAGUCAGCUAUACUUUCAGUUUGACUACUUUGGCCUUAAAUUAAAAAAAUCACUUUGAUUAUUUUUUGCAAGUAACCCUCCAAAUUGUUGA